CAACUGCUCUGGCUGGCUGCCAGCUGCUUGUUUGGAUGGGUGGGAAUCCACAGUAAGCCAGGACCGACCAGGACCACCAGGAACUGCGAGGAAGUGACGAAACGAAGGCAUCUGGAGCAGCAGCAAAAACCCAAAACUAUUUGCACUCAACAGCGGCAACAAAUGUUGCUGCGGUGUUGCCUUGUGCUACUUACGGCUGCCAUUUGAUGGCGAUGUCGAUGUCGAUGUUUUUGCACCGACAUCCUCGCCGGAAUCCUGGAGUACUCCUCACCGAACCGAGCCGAGUAA